AUGGAUGUAAGUACCGACACUACCAACAACUGCUCGGCCUUGUCGUUCACGGGGACUCGUCUCGGCGCCAAGAUCUGCUCUCGGAUAUGGAAUACUGAUAUACGCACCAAGGUCUUUCAAACCUACACCUAUUCGACAGCCGGAUGGCUUUCAUUACAAAGCUUGCCUCUAAUUCUCAGCCCGGGGGUGAUAGUGGCUAUGCUGUUGGAUGAGACGCGACCCGCCUCCCCUAUUGAGGUUUACCUUUCCCGAUGCUUAGGCUUCGCUCUUCUCACCAUUGCAGUUUUGACUGUUAUUUUGACCGGCUCAAUCCCACUGACAUCCUCCAUUUCGGAGCCCAUAUCAACCGAAGACUCUGAUCCGAAGGCACCCUAUGCGUUGCCGACGCUAAUGAUAACCUCGGUAUUCCAUGCCACGUCCGCUAUAUAUGCGUAUACGUGUUAUGUCACCCGAGGACAAACUGCUUUUGCCAUUGCAGUCGCUGGAGGCUCUCUCCUUGCAUGCAUUGGGCUGUGGUGUUUGUUGUUUGCCAAUGACAACGGCAAAAUCAGUCGACGAACUGGCGCUGACAGAAGGACUACUGGAUUUCCCUUUAAAAACUCAGAGGCUGCUAAAAAGCAUGGAAAGAAACAUAUUUAA